AUAUCCACCGUUGGAUCAAAUCACGAUCACAGCACAUCUCACAGAGUUCUACUCCACCUUAAACCCUUGUAAACCUAAAUUCUAGAAGGAGAAAUCCUUUUUCUAUUUCAAAGAGAGGAAAAUCUCUCUCAUCUAUCUGCCCUCUUUGUAACCCCCUCAACAAGCAGUGGUAUUGAAUGGCGGCGCGUGCUUCAGCUUCUUCCGGUGCGGCCGGAAAUACCGUCAGAAUUGUGGUUGCCGGCGAUGCUAAGACGGGGAAAUCGAGUUUAAUAGUUACUGCCGCCGCCGAGAGCUUCCCGACCAAUGUUCCUCCGGUGAUGCCGCCCACCAGGCUUCCCGAGGACUUGUACCCGGACCGUGUUCCGGUAACAAUUGUUGAUACUUCGUCCAGUCCUGAGAAUAGAGGGAGGCUUGUUGAAGACCUAAAGAGAGCUGAUGCUGUUGUGCUUACAUAUGCAUGCGAUAGACCUGAAACUCUUGAUAGAUUAAGUACUUACUGGCUUCCUGAACUUCGAAGAUUAGAGGUUAAAGUUCCCGUAAUUGUGGUGGGUUGCAUGCUCGAUAAGAGAGGUGAUCAGCAGCCUGUUAGUCUGGAGCAGGUUAUGUCACCAAUAAUGCAACAGUUCCGCGAAAUUGAAACUUGUAUCGAAUGUUCUGCAGUAAAUCAUAUUCAGAUUCCUGAGGUCUUUUUCUAUGCACAAAAAGCCGUGCUUCACCCUACUGCUCCACUCUUUGAUCAAGAGCAACAAGUUCUGAAACCAAGGUGUGUUAGGGCUUUGAAGAGGAUAUUUAUCCUCUGUGACCAUGAUAGGGAUGGCGCCCUCAGUGACGGAGAGUUGAAUGACUUUCAGGUCAAGUGUUUCAACGCCCCACUUCAACCAUCUGAAAUAGUGGGUGUUAAAAGGGUUGUGCAAGAGAAAUUAAUGGAAGGUGUCGAUGACCGUGGUCUUACAUUGACUGGAUUUCUGUUUCUCCAUGCACUCUUUAUUGAGAAAGGACGUCUGGAGACAACAUGGACUGUGCUUAGGAAGUUUGGAUAUAACAACGAAAUUAGACUUCGUGAUGAUCAGUUGCCCCCUCCAAUAAAGAGGUACCCUGACCAGAGUGUGGAGCUGACUAAUGAAGCUGUGGAGUUUCUCAAGAAAAUUUUCUACACCUACGACGUUGACUGUGAUGGAGCUCUUCGACCUGCCGAGCUUGAAGAUUUAUUUUCGACCGCACCUGAGAAUCCUUGGAAUGAAGCUCCAUAUGUGGAAGCUGCAGAAAAGAAUGCUCUUGGAGGGUUAUCACUCGAUGGGUUUUUAUCCCUGUGGGCCCUUAUGACGCUUCUCGAUCCAAUUCGUAGCGUAGAGACCCUUUUAUAUAUAGGUUAUGGUGAUGAUCCCUUAUCUGCUAUACGUGUCACUCGAAGAAGACGUUUGGAUCGUAAGAAGCAACAAACUGAAAGAACUGUGUACCAGUGUUUUGUGUUUGGACCAAAAGAGUCUGGCAAGUCUGCUCUAUUGAACUCCUUUAUUGGAAGGCCUUUCCCUGAAGAAUAUGCUCCCACCACUGGUGACAGAUAUGCUGUUAAUAUCAUCGAUCAAACUGGAGGACAGAAGAAGACUCUUGUGCUACGAGAAAUUCCGGAAGAAGGAGUGAAAGAGUUCUUGUCCAGGAAGGAUGCUUUGGCUGCAUGCGAUGUGGCUGUGUUUGUUCACGACAGUUCUCUUGAACCUUCUUGGCAGAAAGCAACAGAGAUGCUUGUGGAUGUUGCGAGUCAAGGUGAAGCAACUGGUAACGAGGUGCCUUGCCUCAUUGUUGCUGCUAAAGACGAUCUCGACCCAUUUUUGACCGAGAUUCAAGACUCAACACGGGUAAGCCAGGAUAUGGGAAUAGAGGCACCUAUUCCUCUCAGCACAAAGCUGGGAGAUUUCAGUAACAUAUUUCAUAGGGUUGUAAAAGCAGCAGAACACCCUCAUUUAAGCAUUCCCGAGACAUCUGCUGGGAGAACCCGUAAGCAGUAUCACCGCCUUAUUAAAAACUCCCUUGUCGUAGUUUCAGUUGGAGCUGCAGUUACGGUUGUUGGGUUGGCUGCUUACCGUGUUUAUGCUGCAAGAAAGAGUUCUUCGAGUUAAGAAAGGCAAUGAAUUCGAAGUACAUCUCCAAUCCUCUUCAUUUUUCACUUCUCGUUUCGUAUUGUGAAAAUAGAUUUUUAGUGAACAUAAUAAGUUAUAUUGUUAGACCCCCUCUGCAAAAAAAAAGUUCCAAUGAUCGAUCGCUCUUCCUAUUGUUCCACAAGUAAGGAUUUUUUUCUUCUUUUUUUUUUUUUCCCGUCAAAUUGUUAAAUUUUUCUACAGUUGUGCCAUUUUCCUUGAAAUAUGAUCAGAUGUACAGCUGUGAUUUUUCUCUC